CUGUCUUCUUGAAAUAAAGGACACUGGAGUGAAAAGAUAGCCUUGCCGAAACGGGAAUAUAUACUUUAGGCCCGCGGUCCCCGGGUAAACACCUGUGUGGCUGUGGCGCAGCACUGUGCGUGGAAUGAAGUAAGGUGAGGGUCAGAUUCCCAUGCCUGGCCCACUCCGCCCGGUACUACAGGAGGAGAUGAAACUGCCUGCACCACAUAUCUGAUGAGGAGUGGAGUCAUUUCUUCCUAGUGCCAAGAGAAAAAAAACUUUCAGCUCUGGGAAGCACUUCACUAGCCUCCCACUACAGGCCUGGGAGCAGCUCAGCAUGAGUACCUCUCCAUCCAUGCGAUUUUCCCUACGUCGUAAACGAUCCACAAGAUCUGGCGAGAACAGUGGUUCACCAGCCAUUAAGAAAAAUUCACCAACACUUCCUGAGGCCAAGAAGGAGUCACCCUCUACCCCAAAGUCUCAUAAACUUCACCGCCCCAACAACAGACUCAGUCGCUCUGGAUCACGCUCCUCACCACAGAGGUCUCGGGUAAAAUCUAGGAAAAAAGAUGACAAUGAGGAAAAGAACUUACAAACGCCAGCCACUGUCAAGUGGACGCACCCAGAUGAGGACAGCUUGCGGCAGCCCUCCCCGGACAUGCCUUUCAUCAGUAGUCAACUCUGCAGCACUCAAGAGUGUGAGGUGGUGUGGGACUGCGACUCACCUGGGUUCACCAAGGAUGAUCUUAAGAGAAUGCACAGUGGCAGGGAGACAGAAUUACCAGACAGACCUGUGCAAAUCACCCAACUUCCCCACCGCCAGCUCUUCCCACUCACCCGCUCAAGGGCAUCCAGAGCCUCAACCUCAAGCAACACCACGGCCCAGCUCAAUGACCUCCUGGACUUCCUCUCAAACAAAGAGCAUGCAGGGAGAAGAGAGAAAGAAAAGGUUGAAAAUCCCAACAGUCAUCACAAAAGCUUACAACACAUAGUUCCUCCAAAGGGGAGCUUCUCAGAAGAUGGUUCCUCAUCUGAGUCUCAAGCACUACUUGAGCCACUGAUGGAAGCCUCUACACAGCCCUUUGAGGUGGCUGGUGCUUCUGGCCUUAAGGAGAGUGACCAAAACCUUCCAAGUGACAUUGAUGACUCAAUAUGGGGAGAUGACCUCAAUCUUGGCAUGUGUGACCUAAAUGACAGUGCCUUAACAGAGCAGGGUAGCAGCAAGACCAGUAGUAAGGGUGCUAGAGUAGCAAGUAAGGAGGCAGAUAGAUCCAGGUUGCCACAAGAGACAUCAACUGAUAUUUUUGAUGAUGAUUUGUUCAGUGACUCUGUGAUCCUCUCCACACAAGCGGUAGAAGAAGCUAUGACUAAAAAGGACACCAAAGAUAUCACUAAUGAUAGGAAUUAUUCAUGUGACAGUUCUUUUAAAGAAACUCAACAUAGAUCUAAUAAAACUUUACUUAAGGAUGGAUGCCAGUACCAAGAAAAAGACAGUGUGAAGAAUGUGAAUGGGAACUGCAAUAAGCCUGAAGUGAAUGCCCACAAGGUGAUUACAAAUAGUUCCACCACUAGUAGUAGAAUAAUUCCAUCAGUAAAUAUGAAACAAAUAAAUACUAACUCGAACAACUCCCCACAGAGACAAGUGAGGCGCUCAUUUAAGUUUGGACCUUCACCCAAAACUGUAGCAAAGAAAGCUCCUUCAUUAGUAACUGGAAAAGGUAACCAACUGCUCACCUCUGUGCCUGGGAACCAGGAACUUUUCAGGAACAGAGAUGCAAGAGGUGUUUUGAGAAAAACUGACCCUCUACCUGUACUUAGAACAGAAAAGUCAAGUAUGCAAAACUCAUCUUCAUCACAUUUAAUGCCAAAAAGUUUAUCAAGAGUGCCAGGAUCAUGCAACAACCUUAAUACUCAGAUGACAAAGGCUCCUGUGGUGAGGAAAUCCCUCUUCAGAAGCAACAACACAAAAUCAGAGGAGAUAAAGCAGAGGAACAACAUUCAGGCUUCUCGUGGUCCACUGCUGCGUUCCCAAUCCAGUGGAGACACUCGUAUCACCACCUCUUCACCAGUAGGACGCAGGAGUAACAGCUCAGUGGAAUUGGACGCUUCCCAGGACCUGGAUGAUGAUGAAUUCUUCAAGUCCCUCCUCUCCAUGCUUCCUGAGGAGGAGGGAGGCUUUUCUGCUACCCCUGGUGUCUCACUGUCUCCCAUCAAGCCAGAAAAUCAGUCUUCCCAUUUCCAAAAGAGUGCAAACCCAUCAACUAACAUGAAACAUAACACAGGAAAUAGAGUAGAGGCCAGAGACAGUAGAUUCAAUAAAAGGGAAGCAUGUAUUGUUCCGCCUCAAAAUCGCAGUAACGUUCCACCUCAGAAUCUCAAGAAUGCCCCAACGCAAAAUCAAUGUAAUGUCUUUGCCUCGAAUCAUAAAGUUCCAUCUCAAAAUCUCAGUAGAAUUCCCUCUCAAAAUCUCAUUAAUGUUCCAUCCCUAAGUCUUUGUAAUGUUCCCUCUCAAAAUAUCCGGAAGGUUCUACCGCAAAAUCUCAAAAAUGUUCCACCUCAAAAGACCCAUAAUGCUCUGCAUCAGAGUCUCACUAAUGCUCCACCACAUAAUUUUGUUAAUGGAUCAAUCCAGACUACUUUAGAGAGAAAAGUUAAGCAAGGAGUAACCAAGCCCCAGUUGAACCCAUCAGGGAAAAGACCAGUCCAGGGAGUGAGGCCACCUGGCAGCUCUUCAGCUACAAGAAGUAAACCUCUUGAUACAAACAAGGCAAGAGUUGGUGACAAUGAACAGCAGCAAACCAGCGAUACGUUUGAUGACGGGCUGUUUGAAGAUGAUGUACUUUCACUCAUUGAUGAAGUGGAAUCCCAGUUUGGCAGUCAGAACACUCCUUCUGAGCCAUCCCCAAGUCCACAGUCCUCUCAGCCGCAACAAGUAAAGUGCUCGCAGGAUGAAAUAGCACGAAAGAAGGCAGCUGCACUGCAGAGAAGGGAGGAAAGAAGACAGCAGCGUAAGUAAGACUGGAAACUGCUACCAGUGCUAGGAAAAUUAAGAAUUAAUAUAACUGCAAACGAUGACUUCAGAUUGUCACUUCCAGUGUACAGUGAUAGCCAUGUGCCUUCAGACACUCCUGGUCUGUGAAUGGUUUUGGUACAGCAGGAAAAGUGUUUCCCUAUUUGCAAACCAUCAGCCACUGUUUGCAGGCAGACAUUCCUUGAUCAAAUGAGUUGGUACUCCUCUUAUGAACCUCAUGUCUCCCCAGCUAUGAUCUCUGUUAAAAGAUUUGCUAUUAUGUUUUUGUUUAUAAAUGUAGUUAAGCAUGUAUAUAUUGUACAAAUAUAUAUUUUUGUUUAUAUCAGAUACUGCUAAUACAUAUUAUGAAUUUGUCAGCAUAUGGUGUUUCAUAAUUAUGAUGGUUAUGGUUUCAUGAGUAGUUUUUUUUUUUUUUCAGUAAGCUUUUAUUGUAUUGCUUGUUGAGAAUCAUUCAUGUAUAUUUUGAAAAUACUGAACUGUGAAGAAACUGGCCAUGUUUCUAAGAAAUCUUAAAUUUUUACACUACAUUCUUUAGUUGCUAAGAUAUUGCUCUCAGCUCCCAGAAGGAAACGGCUGUUUGACCAUUUCUUAUCUACUGACAUUUGAUUUCACCGCUGAAUUUAUGCCAUUAAUUAUCAGAUCAGUCUUCCAGUAUUGCUGCAUGUAAAUAAAAUAGAAACAA